GCCCUCUCUCUUUCUCUCUCGCGGCGACGAGCGGAUCUCUCUCUCCCGGCUCCGGCGGCGAGGCUAUGGCGGCCCCCGGCUCCGGCGGCAUCCCCAUCAAGGCUGAGCAGGACUCAGAUGGCUCGGCGCAAAGCACUGCUGAUAUGACCGCUUUCGUUCAAAAUCUUCUAAUGCAGAUGCAAACCAGGUUCCAAGCUAUGUCAGAGAACAUCAUUUCAAAGAUAGAUGAAAUGGGUGCAAGAAUCGAUGAAUUGGAGCAGAGCAUCAAUGACCUCAAGGUUGAGAUGGGCACUGAAAGUAUUACCCCAGCUAAGCCUAAGGACGAAGAAGCGAAGCCAGCAGAUAGUUCUGCUGCAUGAAUGAAACAGAGGCAGUUGAAAUGGGCAGCAUGUCAUUCCAGCUCUGAUCCUGUAUCGACAUCUCCGGCCAUUUAUUGCUGACAAAGUACAUUCGAUAAGAUUUUAGCAGCGCACUUUUAUGCUUCUGAGAUAUGCUGUAGGAGUUGAGAAUUUCUCUUAUAGAUGUUGCAUGUUUGACCAUGAAUUUCUCUGGAUGCGGUAUUGUACCUAUUGUGCAGAGCAUGAUCAUAAUAGAUUGUUUAGAUUCA